GAAUCGGGCGCACACGCCUCCUACCAAAAUCACAGCCCCGUGUGGAGCCCGAGCUCUCAUUCACAGCUUUCUAGAGAAAUCUGAACCCGAACCUGCCAGCAUAGGGGAUCUCACCCACCCAGUUCAGCAGCGAGGACACCUGCAGAAACAUUCCCAAAGCCAGGCUGGGCGGCCGUGUAAAGUAAGCAAUGGCCUUGGUUUUGCUUCUCUUUUGGAUGGCCACCACCACAUAGGGCUUGAAUGCGGAAGAAGAUCUUCUAUUUGCCUGUUCCGGUGGCAGUCUGGUAGUAAAACACUGUUGCAUGGGCCACGGUUUCAGCAUUCCAUCAGGUGAAUGGGACCAGUCUCUCUUCUUCCAAAAUAUCAGAAAUUAAGUGCUUGGAAAGGAGAUUUGGCCAAGAUGACCCACUUACAGGCUGGACUCAGUCCAGAGACUAUAGAGAAAGCACGUCUGGAACUAAAUGAAAACCCAGAUGUUUUACAUCAAGAUAUUCAGCAAGUCAGAGACAUGAUCAUCACCAGGCCUGACAUUGGAUUUUUACGUACAGAUGAUGCCUUCAUCCUGAGAUUUCUCCGAGCCAGGAAGUUUCACCAAGCGGAUGCCUUUAGACUUCUGGCCCAGUACUUCCAGUACCGCCAGCUAAACCUAGACAUGUUCAAAAACUUCAAGGCAGAUGAUCCUGGCAUUAAGAGAGCUCUGAUCGACGGGUUUCCUGGGGUGCUGGAAAACCGAGACCACUACGGCAGGAAGAUUCUUCUGCUGUUUGCAGCCAAUUGGGAUCAGAGUAGGUAA